AUGGUGUCAGAAUUGCAGAAGCGUGUGCAAACCUCAUCGAACAGAUCGAAGCUUGAAAUCCUCGUUGGAGAUGCAGUUAAGGCAACAUCGUGGCCGAAAUUCGACCUAUGUGUAGCAAAUUUACCGUACAAAAUUUCUUCCCCAUUCAUUCAACGAUUGAUUAAUGCAGGUCGUGGUUUUAGAGCAGCAGUUGUUAUGUUACAAAAAGAAUUUGCUGAUCGCCUUAUUGCUAAACCUGGAGAUAAAGUGUACUGUCGUUUGUCAGCAUCUGCUCAGUUCCAUUUCAAGAUAGAACAAUUGAUGAAGAUUAGUAGAAACAGUUUUCGUCCUCCGCCACGUGUUGACUCAGCCGUUGUUCGGAUCGAACCUAGACAUCCAUUGCCACCUGUGAUGUCAUCAGAAUGGGAUGGGCUUCUGCGGCUUGUGUUUGCCCGUAAAAACAAAACAAUUGGAGCGAACUUCGCAGGGAAGUCAAUAGCUUCACAUUUACGCAAAAUUUACAUCGAGAGUUGUAGUGCCAACGGGCUGUCUCCGACUCCACAGUCCAUUGUCAAUGAGCCGACAGGUGUCUCAACAAUGGAAGAGAAGCUGAGCAAAAUACUGCAAGAUUCCGGAUUUGAAAAAAAGCGCGCCCGCACUUUAGAUGAAGAUGAUCUCCUCAGACUGUUGUUAGUGUUCAAGAAAGAAAAUAUAUUUUUUGGUUAG